UCGGACGAGCUGCAACCUCAUCCGUUGGAUCCUUCAUCUAGCAGUGAAUCCCUUGUAGAUAAGGGUGCUCCUGAUUCUGCGCCUGCAGCUCGCAGGAUUAGAAAGAGCUCUACUGGUAAACAAAUAGCGACAAAUGUUGAGGUAGAGGGACACGCACAAGAGAAAGAAAUAGCGCCAAAGCAGUUGGAAUCAAAGGCGAAGACACGUGGUAGGCCCAGGAAGGUUAUUAUGCCGGGAACGUCAUUAGAAUCUUCUGCGAGUGAGGAGAAGGUUUCAUCCAAAGGCAUGUUAUCACCUACGCUGCGCACUCGUGCAAGUGUGCUCAAAGUGGAUGCUAUCAAGAAGGCUUCGGAGAAGAGUUCACCUUCUCGAGAAUCAGUGAGAGCAGUUGCAACGAGGAAGCGGCGCUUAGAGGAGGUCAAUGCCGUCGAAACUUUCCCAGCGUCUCAAAAACCAGCAAAGGUUCCACCAUCGCUUCAAGGAAACGACGGCAAAGCUAUCGAGAAACCGCUUGGAGACGGUCCGCCUUCUCGUGUAACCAGGAGAUCAGGACCAACGGCACCAAAGAGGCAAAUUAUGGACGAGGAAAUGGCUAGCAAGACAGAUGGGGAGCCGAAAAAACCGGCAGUGGUAGCUAAAUUACCCAAGCAACUUGACGACAAAACAACAGAAGAGCCCCCGAGUGACGGUCCGCCUUCUCGUGUGACUAGAAGAACAGGACCAAUAGCACCGAGAAAGCGCCGUAUUGACGAAGGAAGCGUUGUUAAGGGAAAAUCAGAGGCAGGUGAACCUCAUAAGGAGGUGUGCACCUCGCAGGAAGACACUGAUGAUGAGCAGGAUCGGCUGUGUGUAGCUGAAGACGAGGAAACCGUUGAAGCAGAGCAGCAACCUAUGGCUGCACGAGAUGUACGUGGUGAUGGUGAGGCGCAUUCCGCAUCUGAUGAUGACGGUGAAGACCGCCUUGUGGUUGACGACGACGAAGAUGAGCCAUUGGCAGCAGAUGAUGGAAUGAAGGAGGCAAAAGAGGCGACCGUGGUUGAGAAACUCCAUGAUUCCGGGCCAGAAGAUAACGUGCAAAGGAGCAGUCAUAUCCAA